AUGCCACCAACCGCAACCAAACCCCAACCAAGACCAUUCAAUCCAGUAUCAUAUACCAAAGAAGAAGAACAACAAAUCCAAUCCAAAUUAGACAAAGUCUUAGGACCAGAAUAUGUCAGUUUUCGCCCAGGUGGAGGCGGGACCCGUGUCUCCUAUAUCGAAGGAUGGAAAGCCCUAAACCUCGCCAAUGAGAUAUUUGGAUUCAAUGGUUGGAAUUCAGAAUUGAUGAAUACGACAGUUGAUUAUUUGGAUAUUGAUCCAAGAACUGGGAGAUGUUCAUUGGGAUUAACUAUUCACGUGAGAGUAACUCUUAAGGAUGGGACAUAUCAUGAAGAUUAUGGAUAUGGAUUUAUAGAGAAUGCAAAGAGUAAAGCAAUGGCAUUUGAGAAAUGUAAGAAAGAAGCAGUUACUGAUGGAUUGAAGAGAUGUUUGAGAUGUUUUGGAAAUGUGUUGGGGAAUUGUUUGUAUGAUAAACUGUUUGUGGCGAGGAUUCAGAAGACCAAAGUUGUGAAACCUGAGUAUGAGGAUGAGAAUUUUCAUCGUGAUCCAUUGUUGGUUGAGAGAGAUCGAAAAAGACAAAUUAUUGAACAGAAUCAUAUGGAGGAGAUGAGGAAAGAGAAGGAGAAUGAACAGAGGGGGCAACAACAACAAGAGCAACCGCAGCAACAACCGCAACAGCAACAGCCGCAACCGCAGACGCGGCCGCAACAACAGGAACAACCGUUGCAGAAUGUUCAACUUCAACCACCUCCGUCUGCAACUAACCCCGUAAAUAAUAAUUUCGUCACUCCAAAACUGCCAUCGAAAAUUGUCCACAUCGCAACAAAACAGGAAAGAGAAGCAUUUGAUGAUUCCUUCUUAUUCAGUGAUGAUAUAGCAGAAGAGGAUCUACUCACCGCAGAACCAGAGACAGAACGAGAAGCCUCAACUGAUAUCGACGCACCUGGUACAUCAACUGAGAUAUCCAGCUAUAAUAACAGCAAUAUAGCUCCACCUAUAAAUGCUCCAGCAGUAUUUGUGAGUGCAAAGGGUGCAAAUAUAUUACAACAAAGUCCAGAUAAUAUCCCGCCCACGGCUGAAUUUGAUGUGAAAUUCGUAUCUCCAAAUAUUCGUCGUACUGUUGAUCCAACCAAAUCUGCUCCUAUAAAGAGAAGUGAUAUAAGUGUGAAUAGUGCUCCAAGCGGUGGUAGCAGCAGUAGUAAUCUAGGUAAUAAUAAUCGGGUGAACUUGAGUGGUGGUAGUAGUGUGAAUCCAUUGCAUAAUUCACCUACUCCUGGUAGUAUAGGAAUGAUGAAUAAAUUGGGAAAAAGAGUUGGUAUGCCUCCUCAGACUAGAAGCUCUAUUAAGAGACCACAUUUGGACGAAGCUCCAAAUGGUGGAUCUUCUAAUGGUAGUUAG